UUUUCUUUUAUUUACGUUUGAAGAACACCGAAAAUAUCCAUAUCCAAGUGCAUAAAUUUUUACUUGAAUUCAUUUCAAAAUUCCUUUGUUUAUUAUUACAAAACAUCUUUAAAAAAUGGGUGAACGCAAAGGUCAAAACAAAUACUAUCCACCGGAUUAUGAUCCAAAAAAAGGUGGCCUCAAUAAGUUCCUGGGAACUCACGCUCUGCGUGAGCGAGCCAGAAAACUCCAUGUAGGAAUCCUAAUUAUUCGUUUUGAAAUGCCCUAUAACAUUUGGUGCGAAGGAUGUAACAAUCAUAUUGGAAUGGGUGUGCGAUACAAUGCCGAGAAGACAAAAGUUGGAAUGUACUAUUCCACUCCGGUGUAUCAGUUCCGAAUGAAGUGUCAUUUGUGUGACAAUCAUUUUGAAAUCAAAACUGAUCCCGGGAAUCUUGAUUAUGUUAUUAUAUCGGGAGCUAGAAGGCAGGAGAAUCGUUGGGAUCCAUUGCAAAAUGAACAAGUUGUCCCGGAGACUAAAGAAGUCCAAAAACGAUUGUUCGAUGAUCCAAUGUAUAAGUUGGAACAUUUAGCAAAGGAUAUAAAAGCUGGUGAAGAUGCCAAACCGGUGUUGGAGAAACUCUAUGAGAGAAAUGAGAAUGUUUGGGAUGAUUGUUAUGAGGCGAAUUCAAAGCUUCGAGCUGAAUUUCGAAAACAAAAAAAGGAAUUGAAAAUUCAAAAAGAUCUUGAUGAUAAGCUGUUGUCAAAGAGCAGUUUGGAAAUAAGUCUGUUGCCUGAGUGUGAACAAGAUCGACAAAUGGCAGCCUUGAUGAAAUUACAAUCAAAACCGGCCAAAGAACGUGAAGAAGAGAAAAGACUAGAUAUUUUGAUGAGGCCGGCUUUGCCUGGCUCCACGCAAACUACAUUUGGUGGGUUGAAAAGACAAAAGCUUAUUAAUACAAAACUUAGCAUAAAAGACUUGGGAAUCAAAAAGAAGAAGGAAGAUGACAACGCUGUUAGAGAGAAGCCAAAAGAAGUUGAAAAGACGGUGCCAUCGAAGGAUUGUGAAGACAAUGAAGAAAUAAAGUCGGAUAAAUGCGAUGGAGAAGUGACACAAAUUGGUAGUCUAGGACUAGUUUGUGACUACUCGAGCUCAAGUAGUGAUUAAGGAUUUGAUUUACAUUUAUAAGAUUUUAUAAUUUAAUAUAU